AUGGCCGACACCGCCGGUUGUGAGGCGACAUCGCCAGUCUCCCCAAUCUCUCCCGUCUCCCCCGUCUUCGACAAGCACAGCUCCAAGAUCAAGCGCAACGCCAGCACCAAGCAGCUCAAGCUCAUGAACGGCCCCCUUUACCAGCAGGGCCACAACAACGUCAACGUCGUUCUGGUACGAAGGGUCAGGAGGAAAGAUGACAGCGCCUGGAAGAUGCUGAGCAGGUGGAUGGUCGAGAACCAAGUCGGUCUCUCCUUCAACCUUCUCGCCCUCCUCUUCCUCGCCCACUUCUGCAUCCCCAAGGCGCAAGCCCACACGAUCAAGUUCUUCACCCUCUCCUACAAGAACCCCGAGACGGGCCUGUAUGGCGCCGGCCUCGGCGAUGCCUGCCUUCUCACCUUCUGCAUCAUCCUCUUCACCGGCCUGCGCGCCGCGACCAUGGAAUACGUGCUGGCUCCCUUGGCCAAGGGUUGGGGCGUCUCGAAGCGCAAGGACCUGACGCGCUUCAGCGAGCAGGCCUGGCUGUUGAUCUACUACCUGGUUUUCUGGCCUCUGGGCAUGUACAUCUACAAGACGUCGCCUUACUGGCUGAACCUGAAGGAGCUCUGGACGAACUGGCCCCAGCGUGAGCUGACCGGCCUGAACAAGUUCUACAUUCUGGCGCAGUGGUCUUUCUGGCUGCAGCAGAUUAUUGUCAUCAACAUCGAGGAGCGCCGCAAGGAUCACUGGCAGAUGUUCACGCACCACAUCAUCACCUGCUCCCUGAUCUCCGCCUGCUACGGCUACCACAUGACCCGAGUUGGUAACUUGAUCCUGGUCCUGAUGGACGUUGUUGAUCUCUUUUUCCCUCUUGCCAAGUGCCUGAAGUACGUCGGACUCAACACUCUCUGCGACUUCAUGUUCGGCGCCUUCGUCGUCUCCUGGCUCGUCGCCCGCCACAUCUUCUACGUUAUGGUCUGCUGGUCGAUCUACACCGACCUCCCCGAAGCCAUUCCCGAGGCCCAGGCCUGUUUCUCUGGCAAGGCGCCUAACGUGGCCGGCCCCUUCCCUCCACCCGAGGGAUCCAUGACAUGGAUGCUCGAGCCCUUCUACAAGUUCGACGGCACUGUCUGCUUCCCAAGCGUGAUCAGGUGGUCUUUCCUCAUUCCCCUCCUCGCCCUUCAGGUCAUCACCAUUGGCUGGUUCUUUAUGAUCAUCCGUGUCGUCAUGAAGGUUCUCCGCGGCGGAAACGCCGAGGACACCCGCAGUGACGAUGAGGGCGAGGCUGAGGAGGAGGCCGACUACGUCUACGAGGAGGCCCAGCCUCUCGAGCAGGAGGUUGGUGUCGAGGACCUGGACCUCAAGAGCUGGGAGCGCAGAUCGGGCAUCAAGAGGCAAGCGAGCGCCUCCGGCGUCAGCCUGCCGGGCCACAGCGACCGCAAGGAGCUUCUGGGCAGAAUCGGCUGCGAGAAGCAGGUCGACUAA